GCUUCCUUCUUAACUACUCCCAGUCUUACGCCUACCGACAGCCUUUCCCCCUCGUCAAUGUAUUGGGACCAUAGCAAUGACGUCUCAAGCAAAGUAUGGGCGCUUGUUUCGCAGAUCAGGUCGCACCCGCAGGAGAAGCAGUUAGUCUACUAGGACUUUGAAACACCUUACCAAAUAACCUUUGACUAGUGUCGUAUUCUCGUCCUGGACAUCCAGUCUCGAUAUGGUAGAGAGAGCGCUGCGGUAUGAUCCAAAUCAAGUCAUCCAAUCCGUCCGAAUCGAUGGCAAGGUUCAGCCAAAGAGUCGCAGUCUCGCCAUCAAACGGCUCCAUGAUGAUCCUGGUAUUCGCGUCAUACUCAUCACCAUUGCUUGUGGUGCCUGUGGUCUGGACCUAACCGCGGCGUCGGCAGUUCACCUUCUCGAACCUCAGUGGAACCCUUCUCUUGAAGACCAAGCACUUGCUCGCGUCCAUCGCCUAGGGCAGACUCGUCCCGUGACAGCUAUACGCUAUGUCAUGGAAGACUCGUUUGAAGAGGUACUCACUCCGUGUUAUGUCUGGAAAUUUGAACUGAUAAAGGCAUCAACAGCACAUUCUCAAAGUUCAAGAUCGCAAGAAGCUGCUCGCCACAACCUUACUAUCGAACGGCUCAUCUCUGGAGAACAUGCGACAAUUGCUGCACGAAAGGAAGGGCGGUUAACAUACUUGAUGGGACGCAGGAGUAUCGAUGGUUAAACCCAGUGUAUUCUUCUUAUCAUUUGUACCUGAAAUCCAGUAUCUGAUGAUUGCAAUCACUUUCAAGAAAGAGCAACGUUGUGUAUGGGAUGAUUAUAUAUUGCGGAAGUCGUGACAUAAUCGCCGCUCGCUUUGCUUCAUCGCGGAAAACUUUGACAUUGUACUGAUGCGAGCUUUUAUUUGGAGUUUUCCAU